ACGCGCCCUCUUGUCCUAUCAUAGAAAGCACGUAACUGCAAACAAGAGUUUACGUAGAGACCACCCACAUUGCGUAAAUACUAACAACAAACAUGGCGGACGAUCACACAGACGCAGACCAAUCUAUGGAGGGGAACACUCCAAUUGCUGAAAACCCCCAUUCUGAAUAUGGACUGACAGAAAACAUCCAGAGAAUAGUGGAAAACGAGAAAGCCAACACAGAGAAGGUCUCCAAACAGAAGGUGGAUCUGCAGUCGCUCCCCACCAGGGCAUAUUUGGAUCAGACAGUGGUGCCCAUUCUUCUUCAAGGUUUAUCUGUGUUGGCCAAGGAAAGACCUACAAAUCCUAUUGAAUUCUUAGCAGCCUUCCUUCUCAAGAACAAAUCACAGUUUGAAAAUCGAAAUUAAGCCCCAGACGGAUGGAAAUGUGCACUUUGAGGCCAUAUGUUUAAAAUGAAGAAAAUUGUUGUUUCUGUCAAUGGUUAUGUUUGCUAAUGAUAGUGUAUGUUGUUUUUUUAAACCAAAAUAAAGAUUGUGCUGCAGGGAAA